AUUGUAUGGGUCUGUGUAAUUUACACAUUUAAGUGUAGUGUGCAGUUCUACAUGUCAAAAACGCGUAUUUUAAUUUAUUAAAACACUUUCAAUUGCAAUACUUAACCUGUUCAUUAAUUAAUUAUUUUUUUGCACACAAAGAAAGCUGAAUUCGGCAGCAAAUGUCAGGCGUGGAUCAGAAAUUAUCAGGAACUGCAGUAGUAAAAUCUGUUGGAGAGCGCACUAUACCAUGGAGCCAACAAGUUGAUGAGGCAUCGUAUGAAAACUUAUCUUCUCCAGCCAAUGAUGAUAACUCUGGUAAUCAAAGCUCAAUGCAAUUCCAAUUUCCGCCAUUCAAUGUGAAAGAAAAUAAUAUUACAUCAUUAAGCCACACAGGAAAAGGACGUAAAACAUCUCACAAUAAUGACACAAAGCUGAAAUAUGGAAAUCCAAGCAGUUUUAAUAAUUCAAAGAGAGAAAAUCAACAAAUAAAUGCAUGGAAUUCAAGACGUUUUUUUGCAGAAAAGAUUAAUGAAAAUGGCGAUGAUCAAUCAAUCAGUCAGUUCGACACACGUACAAGGGAAUCUGUCCAUGAAGUUAAGGCACACGCCGCCAUCACUGUCCCGAAGAAGAUGACAUGGGCUUCAAUUGCUUCACAGCCAGCUAAACUUACUUCAAAAACAACAUUUGCCAGUUCCAUCAAUAAAAAAAAAGGUCCGGGUAUGCCACCGCCACCAAUGGUACCGGGCAAGCAUAAUUUAGAUGUUAAUGUGUGGGACUUGCCCGACAGUAAUCCUCCACCUCCUUUACCAUCCCCGCCGAUACCCAUUGAAUUAACCAGUUCGGAUAUUCAUUUUUCUGCAUCGACUAAAGAAGAAUCCACACAAUCUGUUGGCGGACGAUCUGAAAAAGAUGACCGUUUUGAGGUUGGACCUAGCAACAUCAAUGUGUGUAGCACAAAAUCGUCAACAAUAGGACAAUCUCGCAAAAAUUGGGCACCCCUUCAGCAACAACAAGCUACCGAUGCACGUCAGACUAGUGGUGCAUCAGCGCAGCCAAUUCGACGGAUUGUAGCUACAAGUACUCAUAAUCGAUAUUCAGAUCGUAGGGGAAACUUCACUGGUCAUCAUCGACAUGAUUUUGAGAAAAACAUUAAGCAUGAAUAUAAUGAUGAAAGUAAUCCAAGAGCUGCGGCGCCGAAUACGCCGAAUAUAAUAGAAGAAGUGGUUGCUGAUCCGCAAAUAUUAUUGGAUGAAUUAAAGGACAAAAACAAUUAUAAUCCAACUGAAAUUGAUUUAGAUAAAGCAUCCACUGCACGCUUUUUUGUUAUAAAAUCAUAUUCUGAAGAUGAUAUUCAUCGUAGUAUAAAGUAUGAGAUCUGGUGCUCUACAGAUCAUGGUAAUAAGCGAUUGGAUGACGCUUUUAAAGAACGAUACAAAGAAGGCGGUAAUAUUUUGCUUUUCUUUUCGGUAAAUAGCUCAGGCCACUUUUGUGGUAUGGCUCAAAUGAUGACAUCGGUAGAUUAUAAUUCCACAUCCAGCGUUUGGUCUCAAGACAAAUGGAGGGGAAAGUUUAAAGUAAAAUGGAUAUAUGUCAAGGAUGUGCCUAAUGGAAAGCUGCGGCACAUUCGUCUUGAAAAUAAUGACAAUAAGCCAGUGACAUAUUCAAGAGAUACACAAGAGGUGCAAAACGCAAAGGGCAUUGAAGUUCUACAAAUAUUACACUCAUAUAAGCACACAACAUCCAUAUUUGAUGACUUUUCCCAUUACGAAAAAAAACAAGAAGAGGAAGUCUCAUCGAAGCGUCCAAUAGUUCACUCAACCGAUGUCAUUAAUCAAUCUCAAUUGUCAAUUAAUCGUCAUUUCAAUCGACAACAAAUCGAUGACAGAGAAAGGGAGCGAAAUGUCCGCAGCGACUCUCGUAGCUUAGCUAUGACUACAACACAAAAAAAUUCAUUUAACGGAGGUAAUAAUUUUCGCGAUCGCAAUUCUAUUCAUAAAAGUACUACUGGACCCAGUGGCUUCAGCUCAAGCUACAGUGACUAUCGAAGAGGAUUCGAGAGGGAAAAUGUGCAGAAUGAUAGGGAAAAUUUAUUUGAAUUACGUCAACAUGGAUCAAACAGAAAGGACGACCAUUUACAUAGCUAUUCAACUAAAUCAAGGCUAAAUAAACGGGAAUAUAAUACUGAACAAAUGAAAAGUGAUGUGCGUGUGAGAUCUGAGCUAUCAUCAUCAAGGGAUUUGCCUAAAGUCUGUAUUAAUCCUUGAACCAUAGAUACAUAUGAAGUAAUUUAUAUAUAUAUAUAU